ACCCAAUCGCAAUCAUACCACGGUAAUCAUCCACAUUCUGUCGGUCAUUUCAACAAACAAUUGAUGCAUGGUGGGACUUUGUUGGUCGCUGGUGGUCGUGAGGGAGAGGAGGAAAGGGUUGAAGGCGGUGGUUGGUUGUUUGACUGUGGCAGUGGCGAACGUUGGGACUGUGGUGGAUGGCUGCGGGGUGGGUCCGGCGGGGAUGGGGUUCGGUGGUGGAAGCUCAUGAUAGAAGAGAAAAAGGAAUGGAGAGAGGGAGAAGGAGUUACAUGUGAGAGAGUGCUCCCGGAGGUUAGGUUUUCUUCGCUAGGAGCUGGCGGUUGCGCCACUGGAAAAAGACAGUAA